CGAACGAAUUUCAUAAUUGUCUUAAGAUUUUUCUUGAAAUUAUACACUGAAAUUAUAAAUUUAAAAAUACAUUGGAAAUUUUCAAAUUAUAUUCUUUUGAAAUGUCUCCACGGUACUUAUAAACUCUGUUUCUCAACGAUUUUCUAGUGCGCAUACUAUACACCUUCUCUUGGCUUCAUGUGAACGCCAUUGUGAACUUUAACGACGUUACGAGUAGGCAACAGUAAUCACUCAUUUUUUGUGCCAUCGGAUUUUCCAAACAGUUUUUCUUGAUAAGGUGUGUGACACUCUGAAAUAAUGGCUACUGAACAAGAAAUGCCCACCUUCAAAUGUGUUUUAGUCGGAGAUGGAGGUACUGGAAAAACGACAUUUGUGAAACGUCAUAUGACUGGUGAAUUUGAAAAAAGAUAUGUAGCCACUUUGGGAGUUGAAGUCCAUCCUCUGGUCUUCCAUACAAACAGGGGCCCUAUUCGGUUCAAUGUAUGGGACACUGCCGGUCAGGAGAAGUUUGGUGGUCUCCGUGAUGGAUAUUACAUUCAGGGACAGUGUGCUAUUAUCAUGUUUGAUGUAACUUCCAGAGUUACAUACAAGAAUGUACCAAAUUGGCACAGAGAUCUUGUCAGAGUCUGUGAAAAUAUCCCGAUAGUACUUUGCGGGAACAAGGUUGACAUCAAAGAUAGAAAAGUAAAAGCGAAAAGUAUUGUCUUUCAUAGAAAGAAGAAUUUGCAG